GCCCCUAGAUAUUGCUAAAUUAUAAGCCUGACCCUCAGGCUGUAUCUUUUAAGAUCUACAAAUAAGCCUAUUCCAAGGAAAGACUGAACAUUUCAGUCUGCUGCCUCAGAGUUGUGCCCUGGGAGAAUAGCUGGUUUAAGAACUGUUAACUCUGUUUGUUAUGGUCCUGUGGGACCCAGGAAUAUAAGCCCAGCAGGCAGUGCCAGUCAAUCAAGGGGUGCGUCCCAUGGGCAGCAACUGCAAAAGCCACGGUGUCAGACAUGUAUAUGCACAAGCUCCUUUCUGGGAAAUGCUAGCAAUCUGGAAUGAGGCAGAAGGAAAGCACGAAGAUACCGCCUGCUGGCCUCCCUGGUCGCUGGAGAGUAUUGCAUUUGGCAUCUAGAUGUGUAUUAAAUUAGAAACCUGCUCCUUAGGCCAAAGCAAAUAGGUUUCUUUCUCCAAAAAACUUCUGACCUCAGUCUGCUCUGCACUGGGCCCUGGAAGGAGGGCCACAGUGAGUUGACGUGAGCCCGUUAAGAACUGUCUCUCAUCUCACUACAGCGUUGGACCCAGGCCCUGUUGGCUUUCAGAGCGAGAUGUUUGGGGGACCCACCUCUAAAGUGGAAGUCUUACAAGCUGGGGUGCCAGAUGUGGGGUCCAAACUCUUUUCUCCUCAGAGAGAAUCUAGGAGUUGUGAGUUCCCUUCCAGUGCAUGUCACCCCGCUAAGGGUGGGCUUUAUGAAAAAUAACUGUGCGCUGCCUGAGGAUGUGAAGAAUUUUUACCUAAUGACCAAUGGCUUCCACAUGACCUGGAGUGUGAAGCUGGAUGAGCACACCAUUCCAUUGGGCAACAUGGCAAUUAACAGCAUCGCAAAACUGACUCAACUCAACCAGUCUUCCAUGUACUCACUUCCUAACGCGCCAACUCUGGCAGACCUGGAGGAUGAUACAGAAGAAGCCAAUGAGAACGAGCCAGAGAAGCCUCACUUUGAUUCUCGCAGUGUGAUAUUUGAGUUGGAUCCUUGCAAUGGGAAUGGGAAGGUUUGCCUUGUCUACAAAAAAGGAAAACCAGCAUUAGCGAAAGACACUGAGAUCUGGUUCCUGGACAGAGCGUUAUACUGGCAUUUUCUCACAGACACCUUUACCGCCUACUAUCGCCUUCUCAUCACCCACCUGGGCCUGCCCCAGUGGCAGUAUGCCUUCACCAACUAUGGCAUUAGCCCACAGGCCAAGCAAUGGUUCAACAUGUAUAAACCCAUCACCUACAACACAAACCUGCUCACGGAAGAGACUGACUCCUUUGUGAACAAGCUGGAUCCCAGCAAAGUGUUCAAGAGCAAGAACAAGACCUUAGUCCCCAAAAAGAAAGGGCCUGUUCAGCCUGCAGGUGGCCAGAAAGCACCCUCAGGUCCUCCCUCUGCCUCUAAAUCUUCCUCUGGCUCUGGAAACCCUGCCCGGAAAUGAGCGGCCUCACCUCCAGCUCCCCGGCCAGCCCCACGUGAUCACUUCCUCGCACAGAUGCCCCAGGGGUGGCCCACGCCUCGGAUUCUGGGUGUGGAACCAUAGACUCCUCCCAUCCAAGUGACCAAAAUCUCAGGCCUCUCACUCCUAUUAGGAUUAGCCAGGAGUUAAAGGGCAUACUCAGGUCUCCCCAAGAGUCCUUUCCUGUCCCCGCAGCAGGUCGUGCCACCCGCUGCCUCCAGAAGCUGUGGAGAAUUAUGGAUCUUGUUUAAGAGGUCAGAUCUGUUAAGAAAUUUCCUUUUUCCAGCUGUGCCCUCCUACUCCUCAGCAGUGAUUAGAAAAGUCCCCCAGAGAAAUCACCCAUUUUGACCCAUGAAGCAGUAGAAUUGCAGUGUUCAGUUGAUAGUCACUAGUCACGUGUGGCUGUUUACAUUUAAAUCAUAUUAAAAAUUCAGUCCCUCAAUUGCAUUAUAGCCACAUUGUGAGUAUUCACCUGGCUAGUGGAUUCCAUAUAGACAGCACAGAGAUAAUAGAACAUUCCCAUCAUCACAGAAAAUUCUGUUGGACAACACUGCAUUAAAAUAUGUUCACACCGCUCAGAUCAGUUAAUUUGUUAGAGAACGUUGAUACCUUAAUUUGAUGGGUCAUAAUGUUCCAUGAAAACUCUUGAAAGUACAGUUGUAUAUUCUUCAUAUCCUUCACCAUAAAUAUCACUCUAUUCAUCUUCAGUUUCCUAUAAAGUUUCUCAUCAUCAGUUUCCUAUAAAGUAUCUUGCAUCCAGUUUUGUGUUGUGAUAUUGCCAAAAUUAUCCUUGUUUUUUGUUUUUUAAAGAACAGGUGAUUCUGCUGUACUUUCAGCCAUCUAAAAUCAAACUCCCAAGAAUUGCUUUGCAGGACUGUUCAUAAAGAGUUGAUAAAACUAGUCACUGUUGACAAGAGCUUUCCACCUGCUUUGUCUAUUCAUAGCUGUUCAACAAUUGGAGUGGCAGAAAAGUACAGAGAGAGACCAAGUUAUCAAGGACAAUAGGUGUAUUUAGUCUCCCAAAGUAUUUUUUUUUUCUGCUAGAACUAAUCAAAGGGGAACCAGCAGCACCAGAUAAAAGAUUCCAGCAUUUGGCUGCUUCUCCGAGAUAAAUCAAGGUUAGAGAGGAAUUAAGACGUCACGUCAUCUUGCAUCGCGGUAGAUAUCCUUCCUCUAGUACUUGUGGAACUCCUGAAUUACUUCUAAGUCAGUCCUGAUUCAGUUCUAGAUUUCACAAGUAAAGCAGCAGAGGAGCCACAAGAGUAGUGGUGCCCCUCAAAUCUGUGACAAUCAGCAGGGGGUCCUCAAAGGGCUGUAGACAGAAGGGAGCUCUGAUGAGGAAAUGCUAGAGAGGAGACCUUCCCUGGGAGGACCAGAGCAAUAAGCAGAGCUGUCUACCUAAAAUAUAGGACAAAAUGAAGAUGUGGGACCUCUGGUUCAAAAGUCAGGAAAACAUUGUACCACUAAACGUACUAAAAUGUUGUUCCUCUCUAUGGUCUCUCUGGUUUUUGGUUUUUUUUUUGCUACUUAAUACUGGUGUAAGUAAAGAAAUAUUAAAAUUUUAAAUUAUUAGCAUUAAUUUUAUUCUUUUUAAUGUCUAGUUACAGUUUUAGAUGCAAAUAUAAGAGCAUUGAACUCAUGCAGAAUCACCAAAAUUAUGCAAUUUGUAUCUCAUAGCUUAUGUAUACAUAUUGUAUGCAUGUACUCUUACCAUAACCAUAGAAACACAAAACUAGCAUAACUGUUAUUUCACUUCUUGAUAUGUACACAUUCUGUCAGCACUCUCAACUUACUGAUGAUAAGGAAGGAUUGAAAGAAAAAGAAACUAGGAGCGCCCAUACUUUUUCCUUUUCUUCUAUGUCAUCAUUUUCAGCAUAAGUGGUUGGCUAAUAAAGGAAAGGAACAUGAAUAAGAAAGGA